AUGGAACACACGGAUUCAACAGAAAUCGGGAAAAAAUUUAUUUGGGGGUUCGGUCCUCGUCUGAUCAGGGAGAAUCACGAAGAAAACACGAAUGAAAGCUUGCAAGGGGCGAGGUUUUCGAUCGAGAGAGGAAGGAGGACGCACGGAAGCAACAGUAAGGGCAGCAGCGUCGUCGCGGUAGGACAGAGGUCGAGGGAUCAGAGGGGGCUGUCGCCUCCUGUGUUUGCUCCGGGGAAACACCCACUUCGGUGGGUUUUGCUCUCGGUGGUUGAAAGGAAUCGAUAGGGGAAAUGGGUGUUUGAGUUUACUGUUUGACAGGGGAAAAGGAAACAUCGAUAAUCAAAAGGAAGGUGUUUGGUUUGCUUCAUUUGACAGGGAAGGAGGAGCACAAUGGGGGUUGUGAAAUCGAUGGGAAAGAAGAAGAGAAACUAAGGGUGUUGCUGCCCUUUUUGGCUAGCUGAAAUACGUAUGAACAACACCUCCAUUUGGAGGUGUUCUUGGCUGGGAUCGAUGCAGAAAGAAAGAAUAUGGAUGUGUUUUGGUUUAUUGUUUUCACAGCCUCAAUUGAUUUGUUUAUAAUAUAUUUUGCUUUGAGUGUAGGAUUGUCCAAUUUCAUUGUGUGUGGUAUUCCUUUUGUGUGUGG